CUGCUGUGGUGGUCGGUCAGCUCAGACAAGAAGCGCAUCGCAGAAAGUCGACUCGGGGAGUUUUCUAUUUCGCCCACUGUCUCGCAGGAAAAAAGUAUUUCCGUAUCGCUCCCGUCGGAAGAGCAGAAAGUGGAACCGGUGCCCCGUAGCCCUGGGCUGAAAUUGUGCCAGUAGAGAAGAGGAAAUUGACGACGCGUGUGUUUAUAUAACCGAGCGCAAGAUAACACGAAACCAAAACAGUGACCCCACAUAGCCUAAUCGAAGAUCUUUGUGUUGUCGCUGCUGGCUGGUGCUACUUACGACGACGAGUCCGGAUCAGUGGCAGUGAAGUUGAUAUCAGUGUUCGUAGUCGGGGAAGCUGAUAAGCGGAUCAUCCGUCGCUGUGGUGCACAAGUGUGAGAACAUUUCGGGUGCUAGUCUCGAAUUUCAGGGGAUUUUUGUUCGGAAUUUCGGUGCUUAUCUUUAUACCUAGUGGGCAGCAUCCAGCAGUGGGUGAAUAAUAUGGUGGAACCACUCUUCGACUACCAAUUCCGACAUAUUCUGAUCGGAGACAGUACGGUGGGCAAAUCGUCGCUGCUGAAGUACUUUACCGAUGGCAAAUUUGCGGAGCUUUCGGAUCCAACGGUGGGUGUCGACUUUUUUGCCCACCUGAUCGAAGUGAAAGACGGCACCCGGAUCAAGCUGCAGCUGUGGGACACGGCCGGCCAGGAACGGUUCCGUUCCAUCACCAAGUCCUACUACCGGAACUCGGUCGGGGUGCUGCUGGUGUACGAUAUCACCAACCACGCCAGCUUCGAGCACAUUCCCCUCUGGAUGAUGGAAGCCAAGCGGCACAUCGAACCGCACCGGCCGGUGUUUGCGCUGGUAGGCUGCAAGCUGGAUCUAGUCAACAACGGGGUGCAAAGGCGCGAGGUCAGCGUAGAGGAGGCGCGGUCCUUUGCCGAACAGAAUGGGCUGAUCUUUGUGGAGACUUCGGCCAGGACCGGGGUCAACGUGCGGGAAGCAUUUAGCUUGGUCACGCAGGAGGUGUACAACCGGAUUCAGUCCGGCGAGUACAAAGUCGAGGACGGGUGGGACGGCAUCAAGAAGGGCUUCCCGAGGCCUAGCAAUUUGGACUUUAAUCUGGUGGUGGCCGAAUCCGCACGAAGUUCGUGCUGCUAAGGUCGCUUAGAUAAUGCUGUACGGUGCGGUGUAGUUGCUAGAUUUGCGGGAAUUUUUCUCCCUGCCACGUAAAGGUUCUUGAUAACGAUGCAUAAUGGGACGGAAGGCUGUUUUAUAAGGUCGAAACAGUAAAAAUCGUAUUGAUCAGUUAAACAUACGCUUAGGCUUCACGAGCAACAAAUAUCCUCAUAUAAAACUGCAUUUCGUCCCAGUGUUCCGACGCAUGUCGACAGGUCCAGAACCGUUUUGGGAAUUUUCCGGACAGAAAGACUCGAAGCCGUAAGAUCGAUUGACUCAACUGUAGUAGGACGAACCAAUAGGAUUGCUGAAAUUUUUAACAACGAUGUGAUAAAAAACAGAACAAUUGGAGCGAACUGAUCUGAUCCUUGAGCGGGAUGGAAAGACACGAAAUUCAAAAAUACCCAAAUUUAUUUUUAGUCAUUUCAGCUACAAAAUAAGCAAGAAACACGGUGGCAUGUUUUCCAAAGGUUAACCUUCAGUUUAUAUAACAUUACGUAUAAUGAAAAAAGAAAGUUUAUAUUAGCUGCGUUUGUCCAUUGGUGCUUUUGAUCAAUGCGAAUAUUUUGUAUCAUCUCCUAAGUUAGAAGAUAGGUAUUUGAUUUGUUUUCUGUUUGUGUUCUAGCGCCCCGAAUUUGUGAAAUUAUCGACCAUGUUUAGGAACAAAUAAAAAUGAACUCUGUUUUCGUCAUUUACAAAAGUCAGUUUUAGGCGAUAAACAAACUAAUAAUGAUCAUAAAAGGACACCCAUUUUUAUAUGUAUAUAGUAUAAUAAUCACUAAUUUAGUAACAAGUUAGUCGAAAAAAGAAAAUGUUUACUUUAAGAAAAAUACUGGAUAAAUUUAAAUAAAUUAUGUAACCUUGAAA